CAGAGUGCUCCUUUACAUCAGUUGUCCCCAUCAGAGUGCCCCAUUACAUCAGGUAUCCCCAUCAGAUUGCCACCUUACAUCUGGUAUUCCCGUCAGAGUGCCCCCUUACACUCAAAGUACCCCUUUCUAUCAUAUUUCCCCAUCAGAGUGCCCCUUUACAUCAUAUUCCCCAUCAGAGUGCCUCUUUCCACAGUAUGUGCCCAUUUGUGCCCCCUUAACAUAAAAUGUGCCCAUCAGAGUACCCCUUAACAUAAAAUAAGGGCCUAAGAUGGGCACAUUCUAUGUUGUGCCCAUCAGAGUGCCCCUUAACAUUCAA